CGCUAAUUAAACAAAUUGUACAGAUAAUCUAGUUAACCAAAAUAACUGAAGAACAGGACACAAAUUAUUGGGUGGACCGCUUUGUUUAUCUUCCAAUUAUGACGUUUCUUUGGGAUGGCCGACAAUUAAUAAAAAAAAAGGCCAAUCCUAAUCUUUUUUCAUGGACCAUUUGGCAAACUGAUAUAUAUAGUGUUGGAGUUCUUAACACGAAAUCUGCAAAGCUCAAAGUAGAAGAAAGUUGAGAAAAACAGAGCAAACCCUUUUCAGAUCUUCUUCCUCUCCAUUCUGAAUUGAUUCCAUUUUAGUAAUGACAAGAAAAGUACAUCCAAAUGCAGCAGCUGCAGUUUCUUCUGCAGAUCAUCAUCAUGAUCAUCAUCAAUUGUAUUCCAAGCCUUGUGCUGAUUCGGGUUCUGUAGCUCUUACAGUGUGGAAGAAAUCCCUCCUCCUUAAUUGUGAUGGUUUUACGGUGUUUGAUUCAAAAGGGAACUUAGUGUUUCGGGUUGAUAACUAUUUGGCCAGCGGUAAAGGAGAGAUCUUUCUGAUGGACGCUUCCGGCAAGUCUCUGUUAACCAUCCGUCGUAAGAGGUUGAGCUUGGCUGAGAAUUGGCUGGUGUUUGAAGGCGAGGAAGCGGUUAAUCCUCGGUUUUCAGUUAGGAAGAUUGUGAAUAUCUUGAAUUCGACGUCCAUAGCUCAAGUGAGUGCCAUCUCUAUCUGUGGGGAUCAUGAUGGAAUUAAUGGCAAUAAAUAUAGUAGGAUGGCUUCUGUGAAGAAGGUGAAGUAUGAGAUUGAGGGCUCAUAUUCACGGCGGUGCUGCGCCGUGUACGACGAUAAGAGGCGGUGUGUGGCGGAGAUCAAGCGGAAAGAGGCUGUUGGGCAGGUGGUUUUUGGGGCGGAUGUGUUCCGUCUUAUAUUACAUGAGCCCGGAUUGAUCGACUCUGCUGUGGCUAUGGCCCUGGUUAUCAUUCUUGACCAGAUGUUUGGAUCUUCAUUCCAUUUCUAAAUCCAAGAUGUUUCCGGCGGUACCGAUUUGUGAAUCAUCUCAAUUUAUCUUUUGGUACUUUGGAAAUGCAUGCCUUAACCCUAACAAGUUCUUAAAGCAAUAUGCUGCAAGAAAAGAUGGCCUCAAUGCUUUGGAAAAGAAAGGGUCUUGAAGAAUCAGCAGGUUUCGGAACAAGUUGAGCUUAACUGAUAACAGACCUGCAAAUCACUCAAAACUCAGUUAUGCAUCAGAUCAAUUUGAUCCCACGCAAUAGAACAUAGUUAGCUAGUCAUCGAUCAUGGCAGUGUUUUUAGCUCAUUAUUGGAUGUAUAGGAUCUUGAAGAAUCCGUUGUUUUUUGCUGCAAGUUUUUGUAGUUGUACAUCUUGAUCAAUGUCCUAUAUCCCCCCUCUACCCUCAUCCUUCUUUUUGUUGAUAUCUACAUAUUUUUGAGGGUUUUGCUGAGUCUUUUCCUUUUAUAUAAGAGACACAGCUGAGUUGUUUUGGGGGAGUGUGUAGUUUAUUUGUAAGAAUCGAAGUCCAGAAAAUGAACAAUAAAACACAGGCAAAUUUAAUCAUCUUUUUGCUCUUCAUCUCUUUUGUUUUCCUUACAAGGGCUUCCUGGUACUUACUCCAUUUAAAGUCCUAGUGUUUGUCAAUUUUCAGUUGUUGUUUGAAUAUUUUCAGUGCAUUCAUCCGAUGUUAAAUUGUCCUUUUAUCAAAUGCUUGUAACC